AUGUCAAAUCCAACGACAACAACAACAACAACAGCUCAACGUCGUUUAAUGCGUGAUUUACGUGAUUUAACACAAAAUCCUGUUGAAGGAAUAAAUGCAGCACCCGUUAGUGCAGAUAAUAUAUUUCAAUGGAAUGCUAUAUUAGAUGGACCUGGAGAUAGUCUUUUUGAAGAUGCAAGUUUUGUUUUAACACUUAAAUUUCCACAAGAUUAUCCAAAUCAUCCACCUGAUGUUAAAUUUGUUACAAAAGUAUUUCAUCCAAAUAUAUAUAUGGAUGGAUCAAUUUGUCUUGAUAUAUUACAACAACGUUGGAGUGCAAGUUUAGAUGUAUCAACAUUACUUGUUUCUAUUCGUUCAUUAUUAACAGAUCCAAAUCCAGCUUCGCCAGCUAAUUCUGAAGCAGCUAUGCUUUAUCAAAAUCAUCGACGUGAUUAUGAACGUCGUGUACGAGAAUAUAUCGAUCAACAAAUUAUGGAAGAUGACGAUAAUGAUGAAAAUGAACAUGGAAAGUCAGCAACAGAUAAAAAGAAUAAUGUUGCAACAACAACAACAACUUCACCACCUCCUUCUGCCAGUGACUAG